UAUGCCCCAUGAGGAAGGGCAGCCGCUCAACCUGGCCCUGAGUCCAGAUUCAGUGCAUGGUCAACCUGAAAUUGGUCUUCCUGUUUUAUCAUCUACCCCCCAAAAAAAUCCACAUCUCAGCCCUGGUGGCCAGAAAACCUCCUCCGAUGGCCAAAUACCCUGCUCCAGUGUCCACACAUCCCCCAACAGUGUCCACACAUCCUCCUCUGAUGUCCCCACAUCCUCCUCCGAUGUCCCCACAUCCUCCUCCGGUGUCCAUACAACCUCCUCCAGUGGGCUUGGUCAUAGCCAUCCUCUGCCUUCCUCACCUGUUAUGCAGAACCAAGAUAACUCCAGUCAGUCUUAUAACACCGAUAUUACAAGUCCACUUCCGAAUCAACGCAAAUGCAACUGCAAAUGUGAAAACGUUGCAGUGAGAUUGCAGGAGCUUGAAAAUAGGGUAAACAGACUUGUGAGAGCCCAACCCUCGGCGCCCUCUACACCCAAGACACCCAGAGGCAUACCGUCAAAACUAACUACCUCAGCCCAAAAAUAUGAACAUGUGACAAAGUCGAACAAGUCAGAACAUUUAUUUCAUAAGAUCAUUGAUGACUACAGGAAGUUUCGACUGGGUUCACGGACAGGAAUAAAAGAUAAGGAUAAUGCCAGGCAGGCAGCGAGUCAUGCACUCCGUUUUUGUCUCCAUAUGGCUACUGGGCUACCUCCAAAAAUGGUCUCAAUGGAUAUGAAGUUCCUUCUCCAGAUUGACAAAUUGCGCAUGUGGCCACUAUACCUCACCGAAAAGGGUUACCUCCCAACUACUGUAAGAAACAUGAUGACAAAUGUCACCCUGUUCAUCAGGCACAUGAAGUGCUCAUUCCAGGCGGUCAGCAAAGUCAGAUCUUCUGACUUCGACAAACUCCUCUAUGAGCUUAAGAUGCUUCAGAUGAAUGUGCACAAGCACGUGGUUGUCCACCGUCAGAAGGUGAUGAAAAAGAAGACAGUUCAACUGCUUGAGGCGACAAAGGAAGUGACAUUUAUGAAGGUCGCCAAAAAGAAAAUUCCUGAGUUGCUUCGUAAGUACAAUUCAGUACAUAUUUACUCAUGA